AUUAGGCUCACUUAUUGAACAUUGAAUAUGAGGAUCCAAGAUUUCUUUAGAGUUGGUCGACAAUAACGUCCACUGCCAUCCACGAUGAAGCCUCAAAGUCUGCAGAGCUUCACGGCUCAAUUUGGAAGGCUUUCAUUAGCCUCCAACACAGUUCGACCUCUUGGUCCGAUUUUAGCUCAAGCCUCAGCAACACCUUCAAAUCACACUUCCCCUCAAUUCCGCCGUCCGUUUUCUAGCACAGCCGUUAAUUCAGGCAAUUGGCUUCUGCCUACAUUACCAGAAAAGAAGAGAUCGCGGAAGGGUAGACCUCGUGUGCCGACAGGAGGAUCAGCCAGAGGUACGACUUUAGUUUGGGGUGAAUAUGGUCUGCGAAUGUGUGAUCAUCAUCGCCGUGUUAGUGCGCAGCAAUUGAAGGUUGGAGAGGAUGCUAUUAAGGUCAGACUAAAGGGUAUGAGGUAUCGAUUAUACAAAAGAGUUGCUGCUCAAAUUGGUGUGUACAGCAGUGGUAAUGAGGUGAGCACAUGGGCUAGAUUCUAUCAAGGUCAUAGGGAUGGGGUUUAAUUGCUUGAUAGGUCCGUCAAGGUAAAGGAAAGGGUUCCUUCGAUCAUUGGGCUUCGAGAAUUGCUGUGAGCAAGAUUAUUUUCGAGUUGAAGGGAGAUGUGCACGAACAGGUAGCAAGAGAUGCAUUUAGAUUAGCAGGCAACAAGAUGCCAGGUCAGUAGCCACGACCUCCACAUCGUUCUCACAUACUGAUUUGAAUGAUUUUAGGUCAAUAUGAGUUUGUCAAGAAGGGAGAUCCUCCGGUUGUGGGAAUUACCAAGCUAGAUGGAAUUACUCUGGAGGAGUUAAAGAGACCAAGGAGAAAGCUACCAUUAGACUCGAUACCUCUCGGUUCUACUGCAGAAACUACACCUUCUAGUGUGUCUACAUCGACCUCACCGGAUGCGUAGAAGGAGGAAAUGUAGACUGUAUCAUAGAACAUGCUGGCAUUUAAGCUCGUAGACGAAUGAAGAUGUACAAUAUUACACUCCAGAUCGACAGAUGUGGGAGGAGAACGGGCGUCUUGUGAUUUUAUGUAGUUGUCACGAUAUUCCGUCUGUUCUAUGUUAUUCGGGAAAGUCAGCGUCGACUCUUUCAGGUAUCAGAUAGA